AUGAGAUGGCGAGAAAAAAAUGUUUUCAUAGGUCAAAGAACAGCAAAUUUCUUCACCUCAAAAAAUAAACAAAUCCGUUUUAAAGGUUUUAUUACCUUUCUUGACACACCACAUUUUGGUUACAUAAUAAAACUUAGAUUUUAUUAUGUGGUCGUUACAAACGACAUGAGGGUGAAAAAUAAAUGCUUAAUUGGUGAUGAAAUAGAACACACAGAUGGUUAUGAAAUCAUUUUUGCACAUCGAAAUCAAUUAAAACAUUGGUCAUAA